GGAAAGAAAUCUAAAAAUUCGUAAUACACGGACUGGGACACUUUUCUACAGAGAACGUGAAAAAUAGCCACGAAGAACAAGGACUACAAGUUGAAGAUGUCGUGAGUAUGAGGCGAAAAUCUGAAGAUGCAGCAUGGUGAAAUCCACUCUAUCUCGUAACCCUCCACAAGGAUUAGAUGAGAACGCUUCAGGAAUACAAAAAUGGUCACCCAAUGUCGUCGGUGCUAGAGAUUCGGGCAUGGCACAUAACAUUGCUAUGCAAAACCUAGGUGUGUGAAGUACCUCAAAGAGCACCUUAAAGCAGACUAUCCAAAAGUGAGAGACAAAGAUAAGCCGAAAUGCGUAAAUUUCUAAGGAGGCCACCCAGCCAAUUUCACGGGAUGUGAAACAUACAAACUUCAUCUAUAAAAAUUACAAAAACUGCGAAUGCCACGACAAGGAUAGACUCAAAGGAAAACUACCUACGUAAAAGGAUAUAGUGGAGAUCUGCAGAGGAACUUCCCAACUCUAUGAAGGACCACGCAAACCGUAAAUCCACCCCAAAGGCCUACUACCUCCGCCUGGAACUCCAUACAUGAAACUCAAUGUCAACAUAGACCUCAAACCAAGGAAUCCGGAAAGUAUGCUGAACCAGGAAUUGAGAAUAUAAGGAACGUAUUCCAAGAGAUCAACUAAAUUUGUGACUUAGAAAUGGACAGCAAAAACAAAGAAACUCAUCAAAAGUUCCUUCAGUAUGAGAAGGAAAAGCGUGUUUAUCGAAGCCUUUUCAAUUUCAAGAACAUGGCAUUGCAAGAUGAAAAUCCAGUUAAUGACAAGCAUGUUGAUGAUAAGCUUUAUUCAGCUAAGGAGUCAGAAAGUCACGUCAAUACUAAAAAAAGCGACAUUCCUAAACGCAGCAGUGGGGAAAAUUCUAGGGAUGGCAAGUGUCAUGACCAGCGUCCUAGUCGUUCUUCAAUCUCACAGAGUUCUAUCUACGACAACGAGGAAAAACAUGAAAAGCCUCAACUAGGCGAUGGGGAAAAAUCUAGGAAGCAAAAAUAUGAUAAUGAGCAACAUUAUUCAGCUAAGGAUUCAAAAAGCCACAUCAAUGCUGAAAAAGCGACAUUCCUAAGCGUAGCAGUGGGAAAAGUCUAAGGAUGAAAUGUUUCAUGACCAGCAUCCUAGGCAUUAUUCAGUCUCACAGAGUUCUAUCCACGACAACGAGAAAAAACAUGAGAAGUCUCAACUAGACGACGGGGAAAAAUCUAGGAAGCAAAAAUAUGGUCAUGAUAAACAUUCUUUAGCUAAGGAUUCGAAAAGCCAUGUCAAUGAGGAGCAAAGCAACAUUCCUAAGCGCCGCAGUGGCAAAAAACCAAGGGAUGACAAAUAUUACGACAAGGAUCCUAGGAAAUAUUCAGUCUCACGGAGUUCUAACGAGGACAAUAAGAGAAAAUAUGAAAAGCAUCAACUGGACGGCGGGAAACAAUAUACGAAGCAAAAAUAUGAUGAUGAAAAAAAUUAUACCCGAGAUAAAGUUGAAGGAUGGAAGAAUAUAACAUCAAAAGAUGAGAAUAAUAGAAAUCUUAAUCAUCAAAAAAGAAAGUUGCAUGAACGAGGUGAAGAAGGUGUGAAGAAAUGCCGACUAAAAAUUAAUGAAGAACAGCUGAUUGAUGAUAUGUCUGUACAUACAGAAAGUUUGUCAUCAUAUGGAAAUAACGGUAUAUUCAUUUGUUAUAUUUACGUAUAUUUGUUGGAUUUGAGAAAAAUAAUUUCGUGAAAAUCCU